AUGGCAGAACCGGUCCCCUCGGCGUCAGCGGCCGCCGCAGACGCAGCCGACGAUGAGGUGUCUCAAAAUCUCCCCAAGAAUGCCGAAGACCGCAAAGCCGCGGCGGCGCUCAAUUCGUUGAAUGCCAACGAGAUGUCGACGGAGAACGGCGAGAGCGGCCCCAAGCAGCCGUCCGCAGCUGAUCAAGAGGCGUUGGGCAAGGCCAUGUCUAGGCUCGAGAUCGCCAGUGGUGUCAGCAAGAAGAAGGAGGACACGACAAAGGCAGAGACGAAGAAAGAGGUCGAGGUGAAGAAGAAAAUCAAGAUCGCAGCCGAGGAUGUCAACUUUCUGGUUGAGGAGCUCGAUCUUUCCAAGAACAAGGCCACAGAGCUAUUGCGGUCGCAUGAUGGAAACGCCUCGCUUGCCAUCAAAGCCUUCAUUACUCCUGCUGUUGGGGCAUGA